CCGGCCAACGGAUGCUCUUAAUUUGAAAAGUUUAAUGGGUCUACAGGAGAUGACGUCACGGCGGAGCCUCUUCAGUGUAAUGCCGACAUGAAGAGGGAAGACGGAAUCAUUCCGUGCCGCGAAGACUGCGUUUAUACCAGCUGUUACUGUGAAGAAAAUGUUUGGAAACUCUGCGAGUUUGUGAGAACGGAGAGAACUGCACCGCUGGAAGAACUGUUUGUGGUUUUCAUCUCUAAUGAGAACAGAAUGGUUCCUCUGUGGAAGCAGAAGUCCGGACGUGGAGACCAGCCAGUCAUCUGGGACUACCACGUGGUCCUGCUGCAGGUCGGUCUCCAGACGGACCCUCUGGUUUAUGAUCUGGACUCUGAGCUGGCAUUUCCCUGCAGCCUGCAGCUGUAUGCCGCUGAGGCGAUCCGUUCAGACCACGACAUCAGACCUGCGUACCACAGGAAGUUGCGUGUGGUCCCUGCUGAAAUCUUCCUGUUGAACUUUGCAUCAGAUCGAUCGCACAUGAAGAACCCUGACGGAACAUGGAAGAUGCCCCCCCCUCCUUACCACCCCAUACACACAGCAGAGAGUCACAUGAACCUGGAUGACUUCAUCAGUAUGAGCCCUGCUGUUGGGUGGGGGAGAGUCUUCAGUCUGGGCCACUUCCUGCAGAGAUACAUGAGAAACCCAUCGCCACCAGCAGCAUCGUGCCCAUCGUAGCUGCAGCAGAUGGACAUGUGGAGCAACCGAGCGCCCCCUGCUGGUCACUCACUAUUUACUUGCACUGCCCACACCUGUAAACAUGUGAACAUGCAGCAAGUCAGAAACCACGUUUCUACUUUUUACUUCCUGACUUGAGCUGUCACCGUGACAACAAAUAUCUGCUCAUUGUCUCAGUGUGAUGAUGUCAAGUUACACCUCGACUCACUUUCACAAACUAAAAUUUGUGAGAACUGAAUGUUUGAAGUUUUGAUUUCUUGAGUUAGCUCCACUUCAGUCUGACUGCAUUAAAUUAUACUGAAUUAAAUACCUCAGUGUGUAAUGAUGUCAUUGUUAUGAUGUCACAGUCUUUGCUCUUCACCCUCUCACUGAGGGAAGCUCACACAAGAUGUGAAAACAUGUCAAAACAUCUGACUGAGAAAGAGACCUUCUGUUUUACAUGAUGCAAAGAACUUUGAAUACUUUUACUGAAAAGAUGAUGGCAGGAAGCCAGCUGAUGAAACAGUUGAUAAAUGUGUUUUUAAAUAAAGUCAAAGAAUAAAAAAUACAAAACUGU